AUGGCGGAGCCGAUACCAUCCGCCUCGAAUGCGGCCGAUGCUGCCGACGAUGAGACCCAAAAUCUGCCCAACAAUGCGGAGGACCGCAAAGCCGCCGCAGCAUUAAAUGCACUAAACGCCAACGCCAUGUCCCAGGAAGGCGAUUCGUCUAACAAGCAACCGUCAGCGGCUGAUCAAGAGGCCCUCGGCAAAGCCAUGUCGCGGUUAGAGAUCGUCAGCGGUCUGGGAAAGAAGAGCGAGACGAAGAAACCGGAGCAGAAGAAGGAAGCAGAAGUCAAGAAGAAGAUUAAGGUGUCUAACGAAGAUGUUGCUUUCCUUGUGCGUAAAGAAUCUAUCAAUUUUCCAGGUGUCGUCGCUGAAUCCAAACAGGUCGAUGAGCUGGACUUGAGUAAGGCUAAAGCCACGGAACUCAUCCGAUCACACGACGGGGAUGUGAUCAAGGCCGCAAGAGCAUACAUCGCGCCUGCAGUCAAGGUAUGA